AUGGGUAUCCACAACGGGCUUAAACAAGCCCCUCGUGCUUGGUUUGAGAAGUUUUCCAUUGUGAUUGAAUCUCUAGGUUUCACCUCCAGCCCCCAUGACUCUGCAUUGUUUGUCAAAAGCUCUCCUCAUAGUCGUAUUUUGCUCUCUCUUUAUGUUGAUGAUAUGAUUAUUACUGGGGAUGAUGUUGUUGGGAUUGUGAAUUUGAAACUUCAAUUGGCUAAACAAUUUGAGAUGAAAGAUUUGGGUACUCUUCGUUACAUUGUGGGAAUUGAGGUUGACUAUUCCCCUCGAGCUCGUCUCUCUGAUACUCGAACAAUUGACAGUCCUCUUGAACUGAAUACUCGAUAUAACUCAUCUGAUGGUGUCCAUUUGGAAGAUCAUACUUUGUAUCGCACUCUUGUUGGCAGCUUGGUGUAUCUUACCAUUACUCGACCCGACAUUUCCUAUGCAGUGCAUGUUGUAAGUCAGUUUGUUUCCUCCCCUACUACAGUUCAUUGGGCAGCUGUUCUUCGCAUUCUUCGUUAUCUUCGGGGUACUCAGUUUCAAAGCCUCUUAUUCCCUUCCUCAUCCUCAGUGCAGCUGCGUGCUUACUCUGAUGCUGAUUGGGCUGGUUCUCCCUCUGAUAGGAAAUCUACAACUGGUUUUUGCAUUUUCCUUGGAGAUUCUCUUAUUUCUUGGAAAAGUAAGAAGCAAGAUGUUGUCUCUCGAUCUUCUACUGAAGCUGAAUAUCGUGUCAUGGCAUCCACUACUGCAGAAAUUGUUUGGUUGCGUUGGCUACUUGAAUCCAAGGGUGUCUCCCUCUCUGCACUAUGUAUUGUGAUAAUAUGAGUGCCAUUCAAAUCAUUCGCAACUCAGUCUUUCAUGAACGCACCAAGCACAUUAAGAUUGAUUGUCAUUUCUUUAGACAUCAUUUUCAGCAGGGGACUAUCACCUUCCCCUUUGUGUCCUCCUCCAUGCAGCUUGCUGACCUGUUUACUAAGUCUCAUUUUGCUAGGCAUUUUCGUUUCUUGAUUGGCAAAC